AUGGGAUCAUCUUGUUGUGCCUAACAAGUUGCAGAAGAGCAGGAUCAUGAGCUAGAAAAUAAGUACAAGUACGAUCCUCACAAAUAACCAGCCAAGGGAGCUUUUAAGAAAUAACAUGAAGACAAAAAAAUGUAACGAUAGGAGGAUGAAGAAAAAAAUAAGGAUGAAGAUGACAGUCAGAUUGGGAAUCCUCUGAUUGAAGAAAGCGUUGUUGCCCCUGAUGCUAAAUCUCACAAGUCACAACACACAUAGAAAUCUCAUUAAAAUAAUAAAAGAGGAUUAUUUAGCAAGUAGGUAAGUUAAUUUGUAAAAUGCGAAGAUGAUUGA